UUUUAUUUUGAUGAAAGAGAUUAUAUCACUCCUGUGUCCCUUCUACUAGUCACCAGCACGCUGUAUAACCAAGGGCACGUAAAUAUAACUACUGUUUGUGACAAUGUCGAGCUUAGCUGCUGCAAGUGUGGAGCCCACAGUUGCUGGGGAGAAGAAGCCACUGAAGCCGUGCUGUGCGUGCCCUGAAACUAAAAAAGCACGGGAUGCCUGUAUAAUCGAGAAGGGUGAAGAAAGCUGCACAGGUCUUAUUGAGGCUCACAAGGAGUGCAUGAGGGCACUUGGUUUCAAGAUAUAAUGACUGGAUUGUGAGGAUGGCCUGUGGACUGUGGUGGCGUGUGUGGACUGCUAUUUAUACUGAUGUUUGAGAAGAGUUUUUUUUUUUAAGUUGUUCCUCUGAAUGUGAUGUGUUCUUAACUUUCGGUGAAUGUUGAAAAAUUUAUUUUGAAUAAACAUCCUAUGCAAUCAUAUGAAA